UUUAUUUUUUUUUUUUCGUUUUCAAUUUUUUAUAAAUAUUUUGUUUGUCGCCUAUCCGUUAUUUGGUUUGCCUUACGAAAAUGGAGAAAGAAUGCGCCGAUGAGAUGCCCUUCAAUCCCUUCUACAUCGGUCCACAUCCCAGCCAGGCCUGCUCGAAUUCAAAGCCCGCCGUGGAGACUGGGCGUCAAUGCUCGCCGAAUUACACGGAUACCCAAAGUCUGGCAGCCAAUCCACCCGGACCUCACUCAAGCAGCAGUCAGGCGGAUUGUAGCCAGACCACCAAGGGAAACACACCGGCGAAACCUGCUGCUGCUCCUGCUGCUGCUCCCUGUGGUCACUAUCCUUGCAAUGAUGUACGGAGAUAG